GUGGAUGUUGGAUGGACUUGUUUUAUCGUAUCACAUCGUAAACUAACCGCCACGCAUUGUGAUUGUGGCGUUGACGAUGACAGUUAAAUUUCUCGAUAUCGUCAAGCCAUUUUGUGCUAUUCUUCCGGAGAUCUCCCGUCCCGAGCGAAAGAUACAGUUCAGAGAGCGAGUAUUAUGGACUGGAAUAACGUUAAUGAUCUUUUUGUUUUGCUGUCAAAUACCACUUUUCGGCAUCAUGUCAUCUGAAUCUGCCGACCCCCUUUACUGGCUUCGUGUUAUAUCUGCUUCAAAUAAAGGAACACUGAUGGAAUUGGGAAUAUCACCUAUUAUAACGUCCGGAUUAAUUAUGCAGUUGUUAGCUGGCAUACAGGUGUUGUCUGUUGGUGACGCCCCCAAAGACAGAGCUUUAUUCAAUGGAGCACAAAAAUUAUUCGGCAUGGUUAUAACUGUUGGUCAAGCCUCUGUAUAUGUUAUGUCUGGGAUUUACGGUGCGCCAAGCGAAUUAGGCGCAGGGAUUUGCCUGCUGAUAAUAUUUCAACUGACAUUUGCAGGGCUCUUGGUUUUGAUGUUAGAUGAACUUCUUCAGAAAGGCUAUGGUUUGGGAUCUGGAAUUUCAUUGUUUAUCGCAACCAACAUAUGCGAAACUAUUGUGUGGAAAGCAAUUAGUCCAACUACCAUCAACACCGGUCGGGGUACUGAAUUUGAGGGUGCAAUCAUAUCAUUGUUCCAUCUGUUAGCGACACGUACAGAUAAAGUUCGUGCAUUAAGAGAGGCUUUUUACCGUCAAAAUUUGCCCAAUCUAAUGAAUAUCCUCGCAACAAUUCUAGUAUUUGCAGUUGUUAUCUAUUUCCAAAGUUUCAGAGUCGACAUUGCAGUCAAGUCAAUCCGUUAUCGUGGUCAGACCACCUCCUACCCAAUUAAACUUUUCUACACAAGUAAUGCUCCAAUUAUGCUUCAGAGUGCACUUGUUUCAAAUCUUUAUGUUAUGUCACAGAUGUUGGCCAGCAAAUUUCGUGGUAAUUUUUUGAUCAACUUGUUGGGUGUAUGGUCUGAUGGUGAAGGAGGCUCUCGAUCUGUACCCAUUGGGGGAUUGUGUUACUAUAUGACGCCUCCAGAUUCUUUGGGUGAUAUGCUUGUUGACCCAAUACAUGGUAUUUUGUACAUUGCUUUUAUGCUUGGGAGCUGUGCAUUCUUCAGCAAAAUAUGGAUCGAUGUUUCCAACUCUAGUGCCAAGGAUGUUGUUAAGCAAUUAAAAGAACAGCAAACUUUCGUUCCGGGGCAUCGAGAAAAUUCAAUGGUCCAUGAGUUGAAUCGAUAUAUUCCGACAGCAGCUGCCCUGGGUGGUCUAUGCAUUGGUGCACUUUCUGUGUUGGCGGAUUUCCUGGGUGCUAUCGGAAGUGGGACAGGUAUCCUCAUGGCUGUCACAACAAUCUACCAGUAUUACGAGGUGUUUGUUCGAGAACAGAGUGAGAUGGGUGGUUCCAUGAGUUCUCUGUGGUUAUAAGGGAAAUCUUGUUAAUGUGCGGUUUAUUCAGAUCCAUCUGUCAUUUCUUUUUAAUCAAUAUUCACAGUUGUAGUGUGCAAAAUAAUGAUAAACGUGAAGAAAUGCCUUCGCAAAUUUUGCCAAAUGUUUGUAAAACCACCAAACUUUCGACUGUACAUUUAGCAGGUUUUCACAUCUGUAGCUUUGGUCAUUAUUCACAUAAUCAACUGUUUGAUUUCCUUUGUUCAGUAUUUCUGCCCUUAUAUUCACUCAACGUGUACAUUUUGGUUAUCAUUAUUUGCUUCGUACCUUAACUUGUGAUCAUUAAAUGUUUCAUUCUUUCAAGACUUCCUUUUAAUUACGAGUGUCUUUUAUCAAUCCGACAUUAAUGGUAGAGAUAUUGUCGUCACU